GGUGAAAAUUAAAGUUUUGGCAGCUCUGAUCAGGUGCCGUUGCAAUUAGACCGGACCCGUAGCCGCUGGACAGGACCAGAGAGCAGGGCACACACUGAUCAAAUAUGCGCGUAAUUGGAAUACACUGGCGAGGUGUCCCUUGCAUCCACACCGGGGUAACAUUGUCGUGAUGUUCAAUACUUCGGGCAUCGAACUCACUUUUAACAAGAAAGAGGAUAUUUCCGAAGUUAUCAAUGGCACGCUGCAGCUUUUGUACAACGUCCUCGUCACCAUCAGCCCCACAACCAUGUGGAACGAGUCGUGCGGGGAGCAGCUACAGGAUUUUGGCCGGCCGGAGAAGAUUAUUAUCGGGGUGAUGCUGGCGAUCAUCACGGCGGUCACCGUGAUGGGGAACACGCUGGUGGUGAUCGCGGUGUGCGUGGUGAAGAAACUACGGCAACCUUCAAACUACCUUCUGGUGUCCUUAGCGGUGGCGGACCUGUCAGUGGCCAUAGUUGUGAUGCCGUUUGUAAUAGUGACAGACCUGACCGGAGGCAAGUGGCUCUUUGGAGAGGUGUUCUGCAACAUCUUCAUCGGCAUGGAUGUAAUGUGUUGCACUGCCUCCAUCAUGACCCUGUGUGUGAUCAGCGUCGAUAGGUAUCUGGGGAUCACGCGGCCCCUCACCUACCCGGCCCGGCAGAACGGGCAGCUGAUGGCGAAAAUGAUCCUGGGAGUGUGGCUGGUGUCGGCCUCCAUCACCCUGCCACCCUUCUGCGGCUGGGCCAAGAACGUCCACACAGCCGGUGUGUGCCUCAUUAGCCAGGACUUUGGCUACACCAUCUACUCGACAGCCGUAGCCUUCUACAUCCCCAUGCUGGUCAUGCUGGUCAUGUACUACAAGAUCUUCAAGGCGGCCCGCAAGAGUGGCGCCAAGCACCGCUUCACCGACCUUGCGCGGCGGGAGCGCCUUGAGACAGUGGCCAAUGAUGCGCUGCGUAUGCACGGCCUGAAGCCGCCCGGCGUGGCGGAGGAGUGCGCCGCCUUGUCACGUCUGCUGAGCCGCGAGCGCAGAAACAUCUCCAUCUUCAAACGGGAGCAGAAAGCGGCCACCACGCUGGGAGUGAUCGUGGGGGUCUUCGCUGUGUGCUGGCUGCCGUUCUUCAUCCUGUCCACCGCCAGGCCCUUCAUCUGUGGGGUGGAGUGUAGCUGUGUGCCCAUCUGGCUGGAGCGCACCCUGCUCUGGUUGGGCUAUGCCAACUCCCUAAUGAACCCUUUCAUUUAUGCCUUCUUCAACCGAGACCUGCGCUCCACUUACCGUGACCUGCUCCGCUGCCGUUAUCGCAAUAUCAACCGGCGACUGUCCGCUGUGGGCGUGCAUGAGGCUCUCAAGGUGUAAAGAAUGGGAGUUUAGCGGUGCACUUCCUUGUUUUGGAUUGACUCUCAAAAAGUGGAAAAUGCCGCCCCUGUGCUUGUACACUUGGAGCUUAAAGGGUGACCUGUGCACAGUCGGCCUGUAGAUAAGACACAGACUGACAGAAUGGGUGUCCCUGUUAGUGGCUCUCUGGCCCCUCUGCAAAAGCAGAGAGACAGCGCGAUCACUUCAGUGUCCGUAUGACUCAGUCAUUCUAUUUUGGGGAGGAAAAUCAUAGAGCGUAGUUGAUGGGCUAUUCAAGUUGACACUGCUUUUGUGCAUAUGCCACAAUUAUGUCCUGGCUCCGGAUUCAUGGAAGGAUGAUGUAGUGACAAAGGAAAUGACAAGCAAACACAGUCAAUCUUUCUAGGGUUUUGAAAGGCAACAGAGAGCAAAUUGAUUUCUGUAUAUUUACUAAAUUGAUGCUUGAAAAAGAGAAACCAUUGUAUUGUGGCACAAUGUCGUCUUCAUCUAAACAUGCAUCUGAUCUUUUUUACAGAGUAGCUUAAAGGUGGAGACUUUGAGUUGUAUCAUGGUCUGUGCAGGUGCAUAGUAAUCUGUUUCUCACUGGAGCAAGUGUUUCACAAUUAAGCACACAAUCAAGAGGCGGCAUUAAUUUUUAUCAGUUCAACUGUAGUGACAACAUAAUGAUUUGAUCGUAUCACUGAAUUAAAUUAUGUAAUAUUAAACAUUAAAUGAUGUAAUGUUUCGUUUUGAAAGGUUAAACUAGGCGCAACACUAUGUUCAGGCGUAGUUUGCAGUCGAUGAAUGAAAUAAGAGACAGAGUUUACACAGCAGGCAUACUUAGUUUCAGUGCCCUUAAGUGCAGCACAAAUCUUUAAUUUAAUCGUUGAACAUUUUCCAUUCACUAAAUUUAUCACUUAAAAAAAAGGAAAGAAAAGAAAAAAGAAAUUUUAAGUGCUUUGUUCAGUGAUGUCUGCAUGAAACACAUUUGUCUAAUAUGCUGUACAUUAAUCAUGAGAGGAAUCUUGAAUAGUCAGUGACAGAGUUCAGCCAAAUUGUACCAUGUGUCACCCAAGCACUUCACCACACAUUAGUAUUAUCAAUACGUAAUGCCUGUCAGAAACCAUGAUACUGUGGGACUUGUCUCCCUCUUGAUUUGUUAUGUUAUCCCAAUGCAUUGUAUUUUCACACUUGGUUGCUGACCUACUUGCUUUUUAACGUCUCACUGCAUAAGUUGAUGCAGCAAACUAAAAGUGUUAAACUGUGGGGGUUUCACUGAGCAAGGAUUAACAUGGUCAGGAAACUCUUUUGCUCCACUGGCUCUUGACGGUGUUUCUGUCUCCCUUUUGUAACAGGAUGUGGUCACUUUUCUCAUGACUACACUCCCAUUUGAACUCUUUCGUGACCUGUAUCACCCCGUGUCAGAUGUGAUCAUUCAAACAGUGUGUGCUCUUUCUACCUCGAUUUUUGAAAAUACUGUACAUUUCCUGCAAACAGACGAACAGUGCUGCUGUCUUGCAUAAUUUUGUAAUUGACCGCUGUUAUUUAAUGUGUCAAGUUGAUCUAGGACUGCUUUGCUCUGUACGACCGUAUUGUCAUUGCCUUCAGAGACGACCUGGAGAUGUGGCAGAGCGUUUC